AUGGCCGCCCCAGCUUAUUCCCAGACCGCGCCUCAGCAGGCCUCCCCCGGGCCCAUCGACAACCAUGAUGUCGAGGACUGGAAGCAGCGCUUCAACACAGUGCUCGCCAAGCCCUCGGAGCACGUCAAGAGCGCCUCGCCCCCGACGGCGCAGGCAUGGCACAGCUCCUUGUUCGGGUGCUGCAGCCCGGUCGACCUCUGUCUCGUGACCUACUGCCUGCCGUGCAUCACGUUCGGCAAGACGCACCACAGGCUGCGCAAGGACGGCAAGAUGGAGGGCUACGAGCCGAUCAACACCUCUUGCCUCCUCUUCUGCGCGUCAGGCUGCUUCGGCCUGCACUGGAUCCUCAUGUCCAUGCAGCGCGCCGACCUGCGUGACAAGUACCACCUCCGCGGCAACUGCGCGACCGACAUCGCCACCGCGUGCUGCUGUGUCCUGUGCGACCUCGUCCAACAGGAGAAGGAGGCCGAAUACCGCGAGCCGCUGAUGGCCCCGGCCGGCCUGGCUGGCAUCCGGCAGGAGUACCAGAUGCAGGGCAAUAUGGCGUAUCCCUCACGGCCGGCGCCCGCUGAACCUCCUGCGGUGCCGGCGCCCGCCCAGCAGGAGAAAGCGCAUGAGUCUGGGUUAAGCAGCGUUUAG